ACAAUUUAGUACAAAACAGUCCAGAUAUUCAUUUCAAACAAAAGACCAGAAUGGAAGAUUCAACGACAGAUGAGGAAGGUUCCCCUAAUGGGUUAACAAAGAGGCCAUCAACAGUUUCCUUCACAAACGAGAUUCAUACCAACGGAAAAGAUCACCAAGGAUCUCUGACAUCGUUUCGAAAUUCCUCCACAGCUCCACUCUACAGUUCUAAAGAACUCUUGAAUCAAGGUCUCGUAGAAAAAUACACAUCAUGUCGCUGGAUAGUGACGUUUUCGUGUUUUAUAACCGUCACGUGUUCUAUUAUGUUACGUCAGUGUAUGAGUAUGGCAGUCGUUUGCAUGGAAUCCAACUACAACGCUGCCACAAACUUUGUUGACAUGGGAAACAACUCAAAUGUAACAAGAAAUUGGAGAACACAGAGAGGGCUUUGGGACAUUGUUUGGGACAAUGAAAUGGAGGGGCUGAUUUUACAAUCAUAUUUCUACACCUUUCCCAUAACGCCUUUAAUUAGCGGGUAUCUGUCCGGAAGAUUUAGCGGGAAGAUGGUAGUGAUUGUGAUGACGCUGUGUCUGAUUACCUUGUCCGUUGUCACACCCAUUGCCUCUACAGUCAGUCCAUACAUUGUUGUGGUCUUACGUUGUUUGAUAGGAUUAUCCUCGGGAGGUCUGCAACCUAGUAUAACGGCUAUUGUUUCUAAGUGGGCACCGUUAUCUGAGCGUGCGCAAAUAGUCGCUGUCGCAAAUGCAGGUUUGAUGAUUGGUUCCAUAUUUACAUUCUCUUUAUCGGGAAUAUUGUGUACAAUUCCAAUUCAUAACGGAUGGCCUUUCAUUUUCUAUGUCUUCUGUAUACUCAAUGUGCUCUCUCUGUUGUUGUGGGUGUGUAUUGUGUAUGACAGACCAGACGACCACCCAAGAAUAACGUGGAAAGAAAGGGCCCUCAUCAAUUAUAAAAGGAGAUACAGUACACUAGAAAAGAUGCCUUCGCCUCCUUGGUUGAAAAUCUUGACCUCUGGUCCUUUUUGGGGACUGCUGAUGGCCCAUAUGUCACAUGCCUUCCUGUUUACCACAAUCGGAACUUUUCUUCCUUUAUAUAUGAGCGAUGUUUUGAAGUUUGAUAUAGCCACGAAUGGUUUGCUGUCUUCUCUCCCAUUCAUUGGCCGAUUUAUUGCGGCCAUCGGAAGUGGAAUAUUGGCAGACAACUUGAUGACUAAGGAAUAUCUUUCGGUAACCGCUACCAGAAAGAUUUUUCAUGCGUCUGGUAUAGUGUUGUCUACGCCCUUUUUGAUUUGGAUGAGUUACAUGGAACAGUCGGAGAGGACAACCGCUGUCAUUUUACUUGUGACAUACUGGACGGUUCAAUCUUUGAAUAACUCAGGCUUCCGUGUAAACCACAUCGAUAUCGCACCAAGAUUUGCUGGUGUUUUGAAUGGUAUGACUGCCACUAUGGCGUCAGUUGCUGCUCUUAUAUCACCCAUAAUUACAUCGGAAUUGACUAAAAACGGCACACAGGCUGAGUGGCAGACUGUCUUCUUCAUCUGUUCUGGGGUGGGUCUGGCAGGAGCCCUGGCCUUCGUUCUCUUCGGCAGUGGGCUGGAACAAGAAUGGGCGAAAGACCCAAAUAUGAAUAUCGACAUUGAUAUAUCAGUAACCGAGGAAAAGGCACAGCAUUUCAACGGAGAAGGUACAAUUACUGUUGAUGGUGUGGAAAAUGGAGACACGAGUGAUAGAUUGAAUAAGAUGAUUGAUACAGCAAAUCAUGGUGGAAAUGUAAAUAGAGCCUUUGAUGAUGAAGUAAUGGAAGAGAUUAUAGGCCAUGUAAAAUUGUCCUCCUCCUUUAAAGUCCAGUCACGUGAUUUUGAUGUACCAAAAAGGACCAUUGUUGACUCCUUUGAUGACAAAAACGAUUUUGAAAAUGAAACAAAAUCAGUUGAAGUAUGUCAAUCCAGUAGAAAUAAUGACACUUCUAUUUUUCUACAGAGAACAAAACACAGAAGAGAUAAUUUACGAUUGUAUUUACCGAAUAAAAAUAAUGAGAUAAAUACGUCGCAUGACUUGAACGGUGACAAGAAUAAUAAGUCAGAGAUAACUCGUCUUUGAUAAUGAAUGAAAUCCCACGCCUGUUUAAAAAAAUUAUACGAAUAAAAACU